GUCAGGGAGGGGGGGCCUGGUUUGUGCAUUUAUCUCUGGCAUGGUGGUCUAGGGUUGCAUUGCUUUGGUUUUUGGCCUCUCUCCGGCUCUGGGUUUUGCUUCUCUCGCUCUUAAUCGGGACAGGGUGGUGGCAAGGCAGCUUGGCCACAGCAAAGAAGUUGCAUGGUGUGAUUUAGAGAGCGGGGGAGAGGGCAUGGCUGAAGAAGAAGCCAGCGGCUUGCAGGUCCUUCUCUCUACUCUUCAGAGUUCCUGCGACAAGGAUGUGGUCCUGAAUAUCCUGAGUGUGCUCACAGACCUGUUUUCUGUUGGGACGGACAGGAGGGUUCACUACAUGAUUAGCAAAGGUGGCAGUGAAGCUCUCCUCCAGGCCCUGGUGAAUGCAGCACAGACUCCUAUACCGGACUAUGACAUCCUUUUGCCCCUGUUCCGCUUGCUAGCCAAAGUCGGCCAGAAAGAUAAGAAGUUUGGGCUGAAAGCACAGAAACUGGAAGCAAUUGACGUGACACUCAGCUUAGCAAGGAAAAAUCUGAACCACAGCCAGAAUCUCACCCACUGUCUUUGGGCACUGCAGGUUUUUGCCUCUAGUGUUACGGUGGGAACCAUGUUGGGGAUUAACGGAGCUAUGGAGCUACUUUUCAAAGCUAUCACACCCUAUUCUAAGAAGCACACCAGGACAACAAGGGCAGCGGUUGAAGCUCUAGCAGCUUUGUUGAAAUCAAAGUCUAACAGCCGACGAGCCGUAAAUCGGGGCUAUGUGUGUCAGCUGCUCCGACUCUACCAGAACUGGCAUCAGGGUGACACCACCAACAGUUACGUCUGCAUCCGGAAGGGUCUCCUGCUUUGCCUCAAACACAUUACCAAUGUCCGGUCCGGCAGAGAAUGUUUCCUCCUUUCUCGUGGUACAGAGGCUCUCUUCAAAACUGCCCAGGACUGCCUGAGCAGCAAGAGUUUGGAUCCGAUUGUAAACACUGUAACCCAGAUCCUGAGGAAAACCUACCCCAAACUGCUUCUUCCUGCAAGUACUCUCAGCAGCUCUUAUUCCUUCUCAAUUCCUGGGAGAACCAGAGCACAGCCUUUGCACCCCAGGCUUGAAGAUUAUUUUGAAGAAGAUUGCGAGGAGGAAAUAGAGAAAGAAAAUGAGGACAUGGAGAAUAAGGAGGAAGAUGAUGACUUAGAGACGGAUGUUGAUAAACUCACGACACAGCCAGAACUUGACAGACCAGAAUCAGAACUUGCACAGUAUGAGGCCAUGUGCCCAGAGCUUCUCUGUAACCUUCUGGAGUCGGAACCCGAGUCUGGAAAUAAGAAGAGUUCUGAGGAUGUCCCUGGGACACUGACAUGUUCCUGUCUUCACGUCAUUCCAAUGGCUGUUUCCCCAAAGCACCAGCCAAACUGCAGAGAGGGGUACCAAAAUGCAAACAUGAGAAAGCAGCCAAGAAGCGUUUUCAGGGAUCCAGCACGGACAUGUUUGAAAGCAGAGCAAUCAUCUCGGGAGCCUGGAAAAGUUGCUCAUGAGGAAUCGGAGCUUUUGGUGGAUUCCUUUAGUGAAGGGGAAGGCCCAGACCAGGGACAUCUACCCACUCUGCACCCUCUUCCCAAAGAGAGAUCAUGCAACAGAAGAACCCUCCAUGCUAGAUAUAUGAACUCCUGCCACCCUAGUUGCCGGAAGACAGUGGAGGCUUCAGAGAUUGUGAGAAAGCUUCUGGAAAGACACCCGGGGAACUUUCCUUUCCAUAACCCCCGUUUCUACAUGGCAAGGGCUGGCUGCACCAAUUCAAUUCCAGACUACAGAGUGUUGGCCUUCCCAGAUUUCUGGGGUCACCGACCUCCUCCUUAUAGCCAGUCUAUACAGCAGAGAAGAUGUGGAAUCCAGAAGGCCAAAAUAUUUGAAGAUGUCCGUCGUCUCAUCCAGCCAGGGGAUAUCAUAGAUCGAGUUGUCUUUGAUUUAGAUUGCCUAAGCUCUUUAAGCUCUGAUGCCCCAGACUGCCUGAAGUUCUUCUCCAGAUUUGAAUCUGGGAACCUCCGCAAAGCUAUCCAAAUGCGGGAGUUUGAGUAUGACUUGAUCCUCAACUCCGAUAUCAACAGCUCCCAACACCAUCAAUGGUUCUACUUUGAGGUCAGUGCCAUGAAGACAGCUACCCCCUAUCGCUUCAAUCUCAUCAACUGUGAAAAGCCCAACAGUCAGUUCAAUUUUGGCAUGCAGCCGGUCAUGUAUUCAGUGAAGGAAGCUCUCCAGGGCAGACCUCACUGGAUUCGGGUGGGCUAUGAUAUCUGUUAUUACAAGAACCAUUACCGACGUUGGACAACGGCAGCGGCAGCAGGAGACACUCAUGGAAAAUACUGCUACACACUUUCCUUCAGCAUUGUGUUCCCUCAUAAGGAAGAUGUCUGCUACCUAGCCUACCACUACCCCUACACCUAUUCUGCCAUGAUGUCUCAUCUUGACAUCCUGGAACAAAACAUGAACACCAAGAAAGUCUUCUUCAGGAGGCAGACCCUAUGCCAUACCUUGGGGGGGAACGCCUGCCCUCUGCUCACCAUCACAGCCAUGCCUGAGUCAGAAAGCAGCGAUGACCUGGAGCAGUUCCGUGACCGGCCUUAUGUGGUGCUCAUGGCACGGGUCCAUCCUGGAGAGAGCAAUGCCAGCUGGGUAAUGAAGGGGACCCUGGAGUUCCUCAUAAGCAGCGACCCCAUUGCUGAUCUGCUGAGGCAGUGCUUCAUCUUCAAGGUUGUCCCCAUGCUGAAUCCAGAUGGCGUCAUCAAUGGCAACCAGCGGUGCUCCUUAAGUGGGGAUGAUCUGAACAGACAGUGGCUGAGACCCAGCCCCACACUCCAGCCCACCAUCUACCACACCAAGGGCCUCCUGUACUUCCUCAGCAGCCUAAAGCGUGCCCCAGUGGUGUUUUGCGACUACCAUGGCCAUUCCCAGAGGAAGAACGUAUUUCUGUAUGGAUGCAGCAUAAAGGAAACCUUAUGGCAAGCAGGCCAGAGUGUUGACACAACCGUAGUCACUGAGGAUGUUAGCUACAGGACCCUCCCAAAGAUAUUAGACAAAGUGGCCCCCGCAUUCCUCAUGAGCAGCUGCAGCUUCCUGGUGGAGAAGUCACGUGACUCUACAGCACGAGUGGUGGUGUGGAGGGAAAUCGGGGUGUUGAGGAGCUACACUAUGGAAAGCACCUACUGUGGCUGCAGUCAUGGCCUCUACAAGGGCCUGCAAAUUGGGACUGGAGAGCUGGAGGAGAUGGGAGCCAAGUUCUGCCUUGGACUUCUUGUGCUGCAGCUCAAAUCCUUGCCCUGCAGCAGGAAAGUGAUGGCACAGGCUGAAGCUCUGCUGGACCUGGAAGAAGAGAUUGCAGAUCUCCGGGCACAAAGCUCAGCGUUUCUUGGUUGAUGUUGCUGUGGGCUGCUUAUCUCCUGCGGGAGGAUUCGUGCAAUCCUUCAGUGCCAUUCCCAGCAAACAAUUGCGUGUUGUAUCCAAGAAGUAGCAAGGCACAACACUGAAGCAGGGGUGUUGAGAAAUGUGUCACGUCUUGCGAAGCAUCCACACACCUUGCAGAACUGGCAGUCAGAGACGAAACCAAGAUUUCCUUUUCUUUAUUCAUCAGAACUUUGUAUCCUCUCCUGAGGUUGAAACUCAGGGUAACAGCUUUUGUUUCUUUGCCGGUAACUAGGGUUGGAACCAUCACUUCUCCAAGAGAAAACAGUAAGGAUACUUAGCAUUUGUGUCACACUUCCAAAGAUGUACUUGCAUUACCAUGUUAUUUUUACAACAAUUCUGGAUUACUGGACUUGAUGGGCCCAUGAUCUCAUCCAGUAGGAACCCAGGAAGAGCCCUCCUUGCCACUCAGGAGGGUCCAGUCUCUAUAGAGGAAACUGCCUUAUACCAAGUCAGACACUUGGUCCAUCUCUCUCAGUAUUGUCUACACUGACUGGCAGCAGCUCUCCAAGGUUUCAGACAGGAAUUUUUCCAGCCCUACCUGGAGAUGCUGCCAGGGACUGAAUUUUGAACCUUUAGCAUGCAAAUCAGGAGGCCUACGGGGUUUCGGAUGGGUAUAAGCAAAGCAGAUGGUCUUCCACUUAGCUUUGGUUCUUCCCUAAGUAUCCCUGUUCUUACCAGGAAAUUAAACAGAAGCUUAGUAUUUUCCAGACAACUAAGAUGCACAGAGAAAGAGGAAACAACAACAACAACAACAACAACAACAACAAUAAUAUACUCUACAUCCAUUUAUUACCUGCAGCAAAAUCUGAUAGGUGGCAAAGAUGUUUGAAGAUGUUAUCUAAUCUUGGGCACAAUAACCUCCAGGACUUUAACCACAAAUCUGUCAUCCUUGAUUCUCCUAGCAAGAGCAUUAAUCUAGUGAGAACAUCCUAUAAAAGGGGACUGGCUGACGGAAAGUUUCCCUAUAUAUCUGAAAUACUGUACAUGGUGCAAAAUGUAUUGAACACCUAAGUUUAAUAUAUGUGGCAAUAUCAGAAAGCAGUUGGAGGGGGGGAGUCACUCCUUUAUGAAAUCUUUCAAAGCUGAGCUGUUUUUCCUGCUGUUUAAAAUAUAUGGUGAGUGCUUGUACAGGUGACACCACAUCUUGAAUACGUUAACUUCCCUGCCACGUUAAAAAUAUAUUGAGCCAGAUUCAUCAUCUCAAGCAGAAGCAGCAGCACCUUUUGUGUUAGUAAUCUUAAUGACAAAAGGAAAUUGCUCUUCCCACAUUAUCUAGCAUUAUCCGCUUUGGGCAGAUGGGGAAAAGAAACCUCAACCCCAACUGCCGAGCUCUUCAGUCUGUUGCAGUAGGGCACUGCAGUGUAUAAGUGUUAGCUCAAAUCCAGGAAGUCGCCAAUUAAAAUUAGGGCUGCAUCAAAAGACUCAAUGGCCAUAUUCGCUAGUAACACGAAACUGGUAUGUCUGAAUUCAGGCAACUGCAGUUUUGCUGGGAAAGGAACCCACCAUUUCCCUCUCUGGACAUCGAAUUGUACCUUCAGUUGGUAGUACGUUUCUCCACCUUGACCUCCAGUUCUGCAGUUCCAGCAUUACGUCCAAAUGUGGCACUGCAGUCUGGCUCUAUUGCAGUGGAGUUGAGGGAGGAGGUUCCUCCUUCUUUCUGGCUCCUAUUGGCUGCAGGACCUGUCCUUCAGUCAAGAAGGAAGUCCAGGCAGACAGUUUCCCCUCCUCUCUGGAGUCAGAAAGACUGCAGAGAGGGAGCUCUCCGCAACCUCCAAAUUCGGAUGGGGGAGCAGGAGGAGGGGGGAGCAGAACCACGGGUGCAUGGGACCCGGAGUGGUCGUCCAAUAUCUGCAGGAGGGCUUAAGUUGAUCAGCCCUGCUCUAAAAUCAUGGAGUACCACUCUCUGGGGAGGGCUGCCAGUCUGUGUUGACAAAAACCGUGCUCAGUAUAAGGCAGCUUCAUAGGCAAUAUAGCGGUUUGUCUUUUCUUGGUACAGAAUUUGGAUUGUUUAAAUAUUUGUCAUAUUUAAAAUUUUGGCACAAAGCAGAUAUAGCCCUGAAUGCGAGUUUGGCCCACUGGGAUAUUUUUGUGUGUCAAAAACAUGACACUGAAUCCCACCCUUCAGAGGUUCCCAUUCAGCACCUAUUUCCACCAUUGUCUGUCUCAGCCAGAGACCUGAAUUUAGAGCGGUUUUCUAGGCAAAGCAACCUCCUGACUCCCACACUGUUUAUUAAUAGCCGCAAUGCCUGCACAAUAAUAAGCACUUGAAAUGUGUUUUUUCUCCCCUUGUAAGAGCUUUAAUGAUGCAAAGAUUAAGCACAUUCGGGGCCAAGCCAAUGGAGUCUCAACUAGGGAUAGAUCUCUUCUAUUAACUAAUUAUCUUCCCGUGCCCUCAUGUAGCUGCGGCAGUGUGUUUUCUGUUUAAAAAAUAUGAUUAGUCCUGUUUCUCUAUUAUCCCAAUUAAAGAAUUUAAUUCCUAGAA